AUGAUGAGUGCUGCAUGUACUUCCUCGCCGUUGUUCUUCACCGGCGCCGACGAGCCGGUCCAGUUCCAAUGCCCGAUCCAAGAGACCGAGCUGAUAGAGGAGCUCCUGUCCCUGCUGCAAGAAGGAAACUCAAAAUCGACCUCGGCAAGUCCGAACUCCGGUUCGGAUGGCUCGAACCGGGGGGUGUACUCGGUGGACGAGAGAAAGAGGAGGCGCAUGACCUCGAACCGGGAGUCGGCGAGGCGGUCCAGGGGGAGAAAGAAGAGGCAUUUGGAGGACUUGACGGAGGAGGCGAACCGGUUGAAAAUGGAGAACCGGGAGCUGAAGAACCGGUUAGGGUUUGUUGCUGAGAAGUGUCACGUAACGUGGAGAGAAAAUGAGCGGUUGGAAGCUGAAUCCCUAGCUCUGUGGGCUAGACUUUCCCAUCUGAACCGGGUUUUAUUUGCCAUGCAGACGCUGCAGCAGUCACAAUAUUAA